GUAGACGUUAGGGAAGGCGUGAUUUCGUACUUCCUGACAAAAUGCAACAAGUGUUCAGGCUGAUGUAACUCGCUUGCCGUAUUUCAUAGAUAUCGCUACGUUGAAUGUUGUGGAGCUCACAAGCAUUAUAUAAUGUCAGCACCACUUCAACCCAGAGAGGAUGGUAAAUUCAUUGCCGAGAACAGCAAAGAUGUAUUUGUGGAUUCAGAGGGCAUUUGGAAGCUUGCAGAGAAAUUGUUUGAGAAAAUCAACAGAAAAGAAAUCACACUGGCUGGUUGGAAGUCCUUGCAUGAGCUAAACCCACAAAGUUCUGGAGAAGAUGCUGUCAACUGGGUGUUCUUUGCGGACACUCUAAAUUUUUCUUUCUGGUCUGAGAGUGAAGAAAAAAAGUAUCUAGUCAAGUACAAUGGAAAGGAGUACAGUGGAUACUGGUCCUUAUGUGCAGCUAUAAACAGAGCCUUGGAUGAAGGAAUACCAAUCACCAGUGCCUCCUACUAUUCCAAUAUUACCAUGGACCACUUAAAACACAUAUUACGCUCCGACUCCGAUUUUCCCAUUCCGAUGAUAGAAGAACGGCUGGAAAUCCUUCAUGAGAGUGGAAAGAUCCUUGUAGAAACGUUUGGAGGUUCCUUCCUGAAUGUUGUAAAGAUGAGUGAAAAGAGUGCAAUGACGUUAAUGCAUUUGGUGGUGAAGCAUUUCCCAUCAUACUAUGAUGAGGGUGAGAAGGUGGCAUUCUACAAACGUGCCCAGAUUCUUGUUGGUGAAUGGGGGGUACUAGAAGGCAAAGGUGAUGGCUGCUUCUAUGACAUUUCUAAAAUCACCAUGUUUGCCGACUACAGGAUUCCUCAAGCCUUGGUUCACUUUGGAGUCAUGAGAUACUCAAAGGAGCUGCUGCAAAAGCUAAAUAAAGGUUUUGUAUUUUUCAUUUAG